AUGAUACCUCGAAACAAUCUUAUGGAGUGCUUCGAGCGCUUCAAAGCGCGUCCCAAACUGGAAGAUAUACUGCCUGAUGAGACCGUCAAAGAUGAGGCCUUUCCUUCUAAACGAUUCUGCUCAUCGACCUCUAAAGAUGCCCCCAAACCCGUGUUUCAAAAAAGAGACGACGAGGAUGAUAUUAUUCUUCUUUCUGAAUCACCAAUACCAUCAACUAGCGGAACUCAAAAGCCUUUUCGUCGCCUCGAAAAGUACGAAGAGGAUGUCAUUUGCCUUUCUGAUGACGAAAAAAUUCUUCCUCCUCCUCCUAAAAAGACGGCUCCAACGGAGACGGAUGCCGACAAGUCAAAAGCCUCAACUAUUGAUUUGACCGAUUUAGAUUGGGACGAAAUGUAUGAAGAUAUGGAAGAAUUUACUGAAUUUAUCCGAGAUACGCCAAGCACUAGUCGUGCUCAAAACUCCAGCACUGCACAGAUUGUCGACCCUCUCAAAGCAACUCCUUCAACCCCAGGAGAGCAAAUUCUAAAUAAAGCAUUGCAGGCCGAAACGAGUUUCGUUGAAAUGGAUCUCAACCAAUCAGUUACCGAAGAUGGAUAUACUUUGCCAUUAAACCAAUAUCGACCCUUCUUUCCUGCUAAUUCGAGCACACCUUCAACAAGCACAGGACAAUCAGGCCGACCAUCUCUGGGCAAGGGAUCACAGUUUUUCGGCCUCUUUCAAAAUGAUGGAAAUGAGGCGAAAUUAAAGUCUCGUAAUUUGGAGCACUCUAAAAAAAUGCUCGAAGUCUUCAAAAAGGUUUUCAAUCUCACUGAAUUUCGCCAAAAUCAACUUGAAGCUAUCAAUUCUGCUCUUCUCGGUUUUGACGUGUUCGUUAUCAUGCCAACCGGAGGAGGCAAAAGUCUGUGCUACCAGUUGCCGGCCAUGGUUUCUCCUGGUGUCACUAUCGUCGUCUCGCCGCUUCGCUCGCUAAUUCUUGACCAAGAAACUAAAAUGAAUGAACGAAGCAAAGGCUGCGCUGUUUCGCUGACUGGGGACAUUGGUUUGCAAGAUUCAAGAGACAUCUUUGCUAAUUUACGAUCUUAUGCACCGACAAUCAAAAUUGUCUUUGUUACACCGGAGAAAAUAAGUGCAAGCGGCUCACUGAUGUCUCUGUUAAAGGAUCUGUACAACCGCAAUCUACUUGCUCGAUUUGUCAUCGAUGAAGCGCACUGCGUGAGUCAGUGGGGACACGACUUUCGUCCUGACUACAAGAAGCUCUCCAAUCUUCGAACACAGUUUCCAAAAGUUCCCUACAUUGCACUCACAGCGACUGCCACCCAAAAGGUUCGACUUGACAUUGCAAAUCAACUAGGACUUAAGAAUGCCAAGUGGUUUAUGCAAUCCUUUAACCGUCCAAAUCUUAAGCUCGAAGUUCGAUCGAAAAAUAAGCAAACAUAUGAAGAUAUUGUACUGAUGCUUGCUCAACAGUAUGAAAACAAAAGUGGCAUCAUUUACUGUCUUUCACGAAACGAUUGCGAUACUUUGGCUGACAAACUUGUUGGCGAUGGCUUUAAAGUGGUCGCAUAUCACGCUGGACUCAAUGACUUUGCCAGGAAGAAGGUUCAAAAUGACUGGAUCAACGGAAAGUACCAUGUAGUUGUGGCCACAAUUGCAUUCGGAAUGGGAAUUGAUAAGGCAGAUGUGCGCUUUGUCAUCCACAACUCGAUGCCUAAAUCAAUCGAAGGAUACUACCAAGAAGUCGGUCGAGCUGGGCGAGACGGAGAGCUCUCUACGUGCAUUUUGUAUUACACACCUCAAGACUUUAACCGAUGGAAGACGUUGAUGACAAAGUCCACUUUCAAUAAGGAAAUGCUAAAGACGUCUAUGAACUACCUCUAUGAUGUUCAACAGUUCUGUGCAAAUAAAGCCGAAUGUCGUCGUACUCAAAUUCUCAAAUACUUUGGAGAAAACUUUGACCGACAUAACUGUAUCAUGGAUCCGGAUUCUGCCUGUGAUAAUUGCCUUACAAGGGAUGACUACAAAGAGGAGAACUUUACUGAUAUUGUGAAGAUUAUUCUGUCGUCUCUUGGCCAACUCGUUGGACCUUUUUCUCCGACUCGUAAGGAGAACAUAUCACCAACUCAACUAAUCAGCAUUCUUUGCGGCUCGAAAGAUCAACACGUUCGGGAUCAUCAUCGCAAAGCUGGUUUCUAUGCAAUAUGUAGCCACUUAAUACGCAACGACGUAACGCGACUUGUGCAAGAGCUAAUAGCCAAAAAGUUCCUUGCCGAAGAUACACUUAUGAACAAGAAAAACAUUUUUGCUUCUUUUGUCUACGUGCGCCUUGGAGAACGAGCGGCUGAUAUCACUUUGCGCAAUGAAGAUACAAUGUUUCAGUGUCGAUUAGAUGUGGUAAAGUGCCCUGAAAUAUUAAAAGAAUAA